AUGCCAGGCAAGCGCACCUUUCUCCUGGCACUCCUGGCACUGUUGGCGGAGCUGCCACCCACCCUGGCCCAGCAGCACCGUCCUGGGUACCGGAGCACUGCCCCCGCGGUCACCCCAGCACCACGCCGGGCCCCACGGAGACGCUGGCCCCCCGCCAUCCUGCCUGUCCCCGGCAAAGCAGGCGAGUGCCCGGCGGGGGCAAGCGGAGCCCCACGCCCCCCCAGGCUGUACUGCCUCUCCGACCACAGCUGCCCCGGUGCCGAGAAGUGCUGCCAGAGCGGGCAGGUCAGGACCUGCCUCCUCCCCACCACAGAGAGCCCCGGCUACUGCCCCCGCGUCGGCAGUGCCAGCGCGGCGAGGUGCGGGAUGAGCUGCCACAACGACACCGCGUGCAGCCCCGGGGAGAAGUGCUGCACCCGCAGCUGCUGCGCCCGCUGCGUGCACGCCGAGCCAGCCAAACCCGGCCUCUGCCCGCGGAAGCGCGCCCAGAGGAGCACCGCUGCCUGCCCCAACCGCUGUGCCGAUGACCGGGACUGCCCCGGGGACCGCAAGUGCUGCUUCUCCGGCUGCGGGCUGGCCUGUGCCCCCCCGGACACAGGGUCCCGCCGUGCCGCAGCCAAGCCCGGAGCGUGCCCCGUGGUGCUGCGGGGCUCCCUGGGACCCUGCCUGGAGCUCUGUGACACUGACGGCGAUUGCCCCGGGGCCGCCAAGUGCUGCACCACCGGCUGCGGCCACGUCUGCAAACCGCCCACCGACGCAUGGCCCGGGCUCUGUCCCCCCGUGGCUGAUGGUGACCAGGCAGCUGAGUGCCUCCUCCUGUGCCUGCAGGACAAGGAAUGCCCCCCCGGCCAGAAGUGCUGCCUGCGGGGCUGCGGCCGGGCGUGUGUGUCCCCGCUGCAGGCUCCGGACACGCGCAACAUCCCCGGCAGCACCAUGAGGCCGGGGGUUUUCCUCCUCCUGGGGCUCCUCAUCCUCAGGGCAGAGCCGGGCACUGCACCGGAGGAGAAAGGUGGGGAGCCCCAGAAGCCGGGGAGGUGCCCGCGGGACUUCACGCGCUGCCUGCGCCUGGAGCCCCCCCUCUGCACCAACGACUCCAGCUGCCCUGGCUGGCACAAGUGCUGCCCCCAGGAGUGCCAGCUCCGCUGCACCCUCCCAGCAAAAGAGAAACCUGGCGCCUGCCCGGCGGCAGCCCCCGAGGGGGUCUUUUACCCCUGCUCCUUCCCCUGCCUGGAGGACAAGGACUGCCUGGGAGCGCAGAAGUGCUGCCCGCUGGGCUGUGGUCCUGCCUGCUUGGAGCCGGUGCAGGACCCACCCAAACCCGGGAAAUGCCCCACGGCACAGCCGGGGAUGGCAGGGCUGUGCUGGGAGCAGUGCCGAGGUGACAGCGACUGCCCCGACGCGCAGAAAUGCUGCAACAGCAGCUGUGGCAGCCGGUGCCUGCCGGCAGCCCCAGCCGAGCGGCACCAGGGGAAGAGCUGCCGUGGAGAUGGGGACUGCCUGCGCCCGGAGACAUGCUGCCAGCACCGGUGCAGCCCUGAGUGCCGCACCGAGGCAGCAGGGAAGGCUGGCUUCUGCCCGGCCCGUGCCGGGCUGUUCCCCAGUUACGACUGCAGAGCCUGGUGCUGGCAUGACGCCGAGUGCCCCGGCAAGGAGAAGUGCUGCCUGCACGGCUGUGACUAUGCCUGCCUGCCCCCGUCCCGAGAGAAACCAGGCAUCUGCCCCCUGGCCGAGGAGGCACCAACCGCUGCAGCCCCGUGCGGCACCGCCUGCGCUGGGGACUGGCAGUGCCCGGGGGCCGAGAAGUGCUGCAGCAGCAGAUGUGGCCACGUGUGCUCAGCCCCUGAACGAGACAAACCCGGUGAGUGCCCGAAGGUGAAGCCGUGGCAGACGCUGGAGCCAUGCGCGGAGGAGGACUCCUGCACCCACGACAGGGACUGUCCCCGGCAGGAGAAGUGCUGCUUCUCCGGCUGUGCCAUGCGCUGCACCCGCCCUGCCCAAGAGCACCCUGGGGAGUGCCCCCGGGCAGAGCCGUGCUGGGACCCGUGGCGCAGGCGCGGGAGCCAGUGCCUGGAUGACAGUGUCUGCCGGCGAGAGGAGAAGUGCUGCGACACCGGCUGCGGCUGGGAGUGCCUGGCUGUGCCCAGAGAGAGCCAGGACAGGGACGGCAGCCCGUGCGUAGAGGAGUGCGAGGCCGACUCGCAGUGUCCCCAGGGACAGAGGUGCACCAGCACCGGCUGCGGCCACGUCUGCAUGGACAUCCCCGGAGGCAGAGUGGGAGUGUGCCCCAUCCCCAGGGAGGCAGGGACGUGCCUGGACCUGUGCAGCUUCGACGAGGAGUGUCCCUGGGGCCACAAGUGCUGCAGCAAUGGCUGCGGCCACGUCUGCAUGCCAGCUUCUCUGCAAGAGCGCGAUGCCGCGGCUGUGCCGCAGCACGGUGCCGAGCCGUGCAGAGAGGAGUGCGAGGCUGACUCGCAGUGUCCCUGGGGACAGAGGUGCACCCACACUGGCUGUGGCCGUAUCUGCAUGGACAGCCCCAGAGAUGCUGUGUGA